AUGGCAUCUGGAAUUCAGGAGCGGCCACCUCUACCCGCACCGCGGCCGCGGACCCCAGCCCCGGCCGCGAGCCAGGCGGGCGCUCCCGAUACCGGCCGCCAGAGGGCGCGUCCGGAGCCGGCGCGGAGCUGGGGGAGGGAAGAGGGGAGCCGGCGGAGGAGGGUCAGCCGCGGCGGCAGGGGCGGCGGCGGCGGCGGCAGCGGCGCAGCUCCGUUCCCCGCGCGUCUCGCGUCCCCGCGUCCGGACAGGGCGCGCAGCCCCGCCGCCGGGAUGCGGCCGCUUGCCCGCCGCGGCCGCCGCCUGGCGCUGCCGGCACUGCUCUCGCUGCUCACCUGCUCCCUGGCUUUUGCUUUGGUUUCUAAAGAUGUGAAGAAGGAGGUCAAACAGUCUAAGAAUUUGGAGAAAAGUGGUAUAUCAGAGAAAAAUGACAUAGAUUUAAAAGAAAUUGCAUUUGUCAUCCAGAGUCAAAGUAAUUCUUUUCAUGCAAAGAAAGCAGAACAGUUAAAACAAAGCAUCUUAAAGCAAGCUGCAGAUCUUACACAGGAAGUCCCCAGAGUCCUCCUCCUUCACCAGCUGGCUCAGCAGGAAGGCGCGUGGACCAUACUUCCGUUGUUACCGCACUUUUCUGUAACAUAUAGCAGAAAUUCAUCAUGGAUUUUCUUCUGUGAAGAAGAGACAAGAAUACAAAUUCCACAACUCUUAGAAGCACUCAGAAGAUAUGACCCAUCAAAGGAAUGGUUUUUAGGAAAAGCAUUACAUGACGAAGAAUCCACAAUAAUUCACCAUUAUGCCUUUUCCGAAAAUCCUACAGUUUUUAAAUAUCCAGACUUUGCUGCUGGCUGGGCCCUUAGUAUUCCACUGGUAAACAAGCUUACCAAGAGAUUGAAGAGCGAGUCCCUGAAAUCCGACUUUACAAUAGAUUUAAAACAUGAGAUCGCUCUCUACAUCUGGGACAGUGGUGAUGGACCGCCCCUCACUCCUGUGCCUGAGUUUUGUACAGACGGGGUGGACUCUUCCUGUGCCACUACAUUUCAUUCUUUUCUACCGCUUUGCGGAAAUCCAGUGAAGAAGAAGGAUAUUUUUGUUGCAGUAAAGACAUGCAAGAAAUUUCAUGGUGACAGAAUCCCCAUCGUAAAGCAGACUUGGGCGGGGCAGGCAGGUCACAUCGAAUACUACAGCGAUUACGCAGACAGUUCUGUUCCGACGGUGGAUCUGGGAAUUCCUAAUACAGAGAGAGGUCACUGUGGAAAGACAUUUGCCAUUUUGGAAAGAUUUUUGAAUCACAGCUAUGACCAAAUAGCAUGGUUAGUCAUUGUGGAUGAUGACACAUUAAUAAGCAUCUCCAGGCUCCAGCACCUGCUGAGCUGUUACGAUGCCAGUGAACCCGUGUUUCUGGGAGAGCGUUACGGCUAUGGCCUGGGCACCGGCGGCUACAGCUACGUCACAGGAGGAGGAGGGAUGGUCUUCAGCAGAGAGGCAAUCAGGAGACUUCUCGCCAGCAAGUGUCGCUGCUACAGCAAUGACGCUCCAGAUGAUAUGGUCCUGGGGAUGUGCUUUAGUGGGUUAGGAGUCCCUGUGACACACAGCCCUCUCUUCCAUCAGGCUCGGCCUGUGGAUUACCCUAAGGACUACCUGUCUCACCAAGUUCCCAUAUCGUUCCACAAGCACUGGAACAUCGAUCCCGUGAAGGUCUAUUUCACAUGGUUGGCACCCAGUGAGGAAGACAGAGCCAGGCAGGAGACACGAAAAGGCUUUAAAGAAGAGUUAUAAAGCAUGGUGGCCUGUGGGCAUAGGCAGGACACAGCAGCAGAGACUGGCAUUGUCCUGCUGUGCUGGAUCACACUGCUUACGUGCGACAUGCAGCAUCGGAAGCUUCCUGACUUUAGGUGGACGUUAUUAUACGGUAAUUUUUGAGUUGAGGGUGGGGAAGGAGCCAUAGGGAAAACAGAGAUUUUUGUUUUCUGGGAAAGAUCACUUGCUUUAGCAUUAUGCAGUUAUUGUAAUACACAAUGAUUACUGUGUAUUUUUCAAGCUGUGAAACAGCAGCUUUAUUUCUGUCAUGGAAAAAUAAAUGGUACCAGAAUUUUC